AUGUCUUCAACAACGCAAAAAUCAGACGGUGGAAGCAAGGGCCUUGGGUCGAGCAUUUGGGCGACGGCAGACGAGAAGGAUGAGAAGAAGAAGCAGUUUUCGGAGGUGAAAUCGGAUAACAAAACUAGCGGUCGAAAACGCAAUGCGAAAAACAGUAAAAGUAAGGGCCAAAAUGAAUCAAGCGAUGUCAGCGCCAAUGUCAAUGCCCUUGCUGCUAGACUCGGGAUGGUUGACGUUGGAAAGGUAGAAGAAAAGGUCAGACGCAAGAGUCGUGUUAAUGAAUCAGCAUUAUCUGGUAAAAUGAAAAAACCCCAAAAUCCUUUGGCUAUGAGAUUGGGAAUGGUCGAUGUUGGUGAAGAAGUCGUCGAAACUAGUGAGGAUAGUGGGUCUGAUGGCCCGUCGCGGCCCUCUACUAGCGACAAAGCGAACAUUUUCGACCGUAUCAAACCCAAACCGCAGCGACAGCAUAUGGAGACUGAAAAACCGGCACAAUCGUCGCAACACGAAACAGCGAAACCUCACAGCAUCUCAGCCAGCAAGAAAUCUGAAAUUCUCAAACGGAAGAUCGAAGAACAGCGCAAAAUUCGCAAUGCCAACAUCAGAAAAGCCCAGCAAUUCGACCUGCUGCAAGACUUUUUGAAAGAUGAUGACGACAAAGGGUGGGAAGAAGAUCUGUGA